UGCGCCCACAGCGCCACCAGUUGAUGUUAAUAUCUCGAUCUGAGAACAAGCAUGUUGAGCUCCGUACGAUAAUUAGAUGUUUAAUUGUUUAUCUUUUUUUGUUUGUUAUAUUUCGUUAUUAAAGUGAUUGUCUAUAAAACAUGUUAGAGUCUUUUAUGACUGAGAAAAUUGAUGUUUAUUACCCUCCAAAAUGUGGCAGUCCUGGAGAACGGGGUAAGUAGCACUUACCUUAAUUAAUAUAGAAAUAGUUUUCUUCAGUUUUUGCUUAAAAAUUGAAAUUUGGCGCCCGAACAGGGACUGCCAUUAAACGGUAAUAAACUAUUAUUGACAUUUAUUGACUUUUACCUGAUAACGAAAUGUUGCAUGUUUGAAAUAAGACAUUAAACACCAAUUUAAAGAAAUUAAGAUUAGCAAUUAAGAAUAACUAUAAAUUGACUCACACUUACAGAAUGUCUGAAGAAGAAUUGAAUAAAUUGAAACGGAAACGCGGCUUUGUAAGAGCUUCGGUGACAAAGAUGAUUACUAAAAUCGAAACUGACAUUCUAAAACCGGACAUAAGUGUGGAAGAUCUCGAAGAAUCACUCGAACUUUUUGGUGAAAAAAGCGAGGAAUUAAAAACUAUUGAUUCUCAGAUUGAGGGCUUAAUCAAAAUCGAGGAUAUGGAAGAGGAAUUUAACUGUAUAGAAGAGUACAAAGAAAAAAUAACUAAAACAAAAUUUAGAACAUUAAGAUUUAUUAAGAAUUUAAACAAAGAACUUGAUUUAAAUAAUUCCUUUCAAGAAGCUAAUAUUUCUCUAAAUAGUCCCAAUCAGAGUGACAUUCAAACCAUUGAAAGGGAACGCAUAAAGUUACCUAAAUUAACUAUUCCUAAGUACUACGGAGAAAUUUCUGAAUGGUUAAAUUUUUGGAAUUGUUUCAAUUCGUCAAUUAAUGAGAAUAAGAACCUCAGUAAACUUGAUAAAUUCAUUUAUUUGAGAUCAUUUUUAGGAGGUCCUGCGUUUAAUGUGAUUGAUGGUUUAGAAUUAACCGCGGAACAUUAUGAUCACGCUAUUGAUUUAUUAAAGCAACAAUUUGGCGAUACAAAUAUUUUGAUUAAUGUACACAUUGAAAACCUACUCCAUACAUGCCCAUUAAAAAACUCUAAUGACGUAAAAAACUUCAGGAACAUUUUUAAUCACAUACAAAAG